AUGAAACGCGAAGCAUUUUUACAAGUUGUGUCUAAAGAGUCAAUUGAAGACUUCUUGCGUUAUACUCAGAGUCCUAAAAAUACAUUUGAUCCUUUUGACUUGAAUGAGCUACUUCAAGAAUUGCCAAGAAAGCAAAAAGAAGUGCUAUGGGAGAGACUGACGCAGCUAUUGACAGAGAUGUUGAUGGAGAACCCUGUGGAAACAUGGCAGAGGAUUGAAGAUAAUGAAAGUAAUAAUGACAUGGAAGUUGAGAUAGUUCCAGAAACGAAACAAACUGUAGCUGUGAUCCAGGGAGUGACAGCCGUGGUUACUGCUUCCAUACCUGCAGUGGAUGAAACUGUAAACUACAAAGCUCUUCUAGAAUGUGUUUUUAUAGUAAAUGGUAUUCUUCCUGCAUUACCUGAAUCUGAAAAAAUCCUACAGGAUGCUAUCCAACGUGUAUGUGAAAUGUGGUGGGAGAAAGGACUGGAAGGGAAGCUAGGGAAGACUCUAUUUAUCAUUCUGCUAAGAAAAAGCCUGAAUAAAGCUGCUACGGGUGCAGAUGUAGUUCGUCUAUGGAAUCUGCAUCAGACGUUACUUUGUUUUGAUUAUGAUUCUGAGGAGAGUAAUGAAGUCAAGGACUUGUUGCUUCGUUGUUUUAUGAGUGUAAAACACAUUAAAAAAGAAGAGGGAAGAAGAUUCUUGAGCUUUUUGUUCAGCUGGAAUGUAAACUUCAUAAAAAUGAUACAUGGAACUGUUAAAAACCAAUUACAGUUUUUUCCGAGAUCCUUGAUGGAAUACAUUUCAGAAGUUUACUUCAGGGCCUGGAAGAAGGUGUCAGGAGAAUUCUUAGAGAUACUUGAACAUAGCUGCAUUCAGGAUUUCAUGCAUCAUGGAAUUCAUCUUCCCAGAAGUUCUCCUGUUCAUUCUAAAGUUAGAGAGAUGCUGAGCUAUUUUCAUAAACAAAGUAAAGUUCGUCAAGGAAUUGAAGAAAUGCUCUAUAGAUUGUAUCAACCUAUCCUUUGGAGAGCACUGAAGGCCAGAAACUCUGAAGUUCGAUCAAAUGCAGCAUUUUUGUUUGUUGAUGCUUUUCCUGUUCGUGAUCCCAGUUUUAACACUGAAGAGAUGGACAACGAAAUUCAGAAACAGUUUGAAGAACUUUUUAGUCUCUUGGAAGAUCCUCAUCCAGUCGUCCGCUCUACAGGGAUACUUGGAGUUACUCAGAUAACAUCCAAAUACUGGGAGAUGAUUCCUCCAACAAUUCUUGCUGAUCUUUUAAAAAAACUAACUGGAGAGCUGGCAUGUGAUAUAACAUCUGCUGAUGUUCGAUGCUCUGUUUUUAAAUGCCUACCGAUAAUUUUGGACAACAAACUAAGUCAUCCAUUACUGGAACAGCUCCUGCCAGCAGUCAAACACAGUCUUCAUGACAAUUCAGAGAAAGUGCGAGUGGCUUUUGUUGAUAUGUUGCUGAAAAUUAAGGCUACCAAGGCUGCUAAGUUCUGGAAAAUCUGUCCCAUGGAGCAUCUUCUGACUCGUCUGGAAGUUGAUUCACGGCCUGUGUCACGACGCAUAGUGAAUCUCUUAUUCAACUCUUUCUUUCCCAUUAACCAACCUGAGGAUGUGUGGUGUGAGCGCUGUGUUACUCUAAUCCAGAUGAAUUCAGCAGCAGCUAGAAAGUUCUACCAAUAUGCUUAUGAAUAUACUGCCCCCACCAAUAUAGCUAAAUUGAUGCUUACUAUUCGGCGCUGCUUGAAUGCCUGCAUCCAGAAAGCAAUGAAAGAGAGUCUUCAUGAUAGUGAUGAUGAUGAUGAUGGAAGUGAAAAGGAGAAUACAAGUGUGUUGAAUAAUGUGUUGUCAAUAAAUGAUGUGGCCAGCAUGGCAAGUUUAUUGGAGAUUACUGUAAUUCUCUGGAGAAGUAUUCACAAAGCACUAGAUCACAAUGAAGAUGCCAAAGAUUAUGCUAUCAGAAAAUUUGCUUCUGUACUUCCUGAAUAUUUUAAAGUAUUUAAGGAUGAGCGUUGCAUGACUCCUUUGGUUAUUCUGGCAUCCUUUAUGCCCCCUGCUGCUAUUCCUACAUUCAGCUGUGGUGUGAUCUCCAGACUCAGAAAUAUUGACAAUGGAGCUGACCAAAGCAAAUAUUCUAUCCUGAUAGACUGCAUGUGUCGCUGGGGUCAAGUGGGACAUAUUAUGGAAUUAGCCUGUGAUUGGUUGUCUGACACGCUAACCCCAAGAGAGAGUAUUAAACCAUCUGAACGACGAGUACGUAUCCAUGUGACAAAGGAAUCAAAGCCAGAAUUAGCAAUUGAUUACAUUGAGUAUUUAUUGACUCAUCCUGUCAAUCGCAGUUGCCUACUCUCCGUUCCUAAAAAGAAACUGAAGAACCUUUUGAAAACGCUCAGUGCUGCAAAGGAGGUUCUUGGCUCAAUUCUGAAAGCAAAUGAUGGAGGUUCUGGUAGCUGCAAUCAAACAACUGGCCUAAGAGCCUUCAGCCUCUUUUGCAGGUUGAGUAUUCAUCUUCAGAGCAAGUUUUCUGAAGAAGGAAAAGAUUACCUCUCACUUCUGAAGGAGACAGGUGCUUGGAUAGAAAGUCAAGUUGUACCUUUUAUACUAGCAAGUGAUCAAGAGGAUGGCAAUUCAAAAUACAGUAAUGUUUCUGAAUUAAUUAUCCAG